AUGGUUAAGCGGCUAUUCAUCGAUACUGAUGAAGUAUGGUCCAAGUUGGGGGCAGAUUUCAGAGAACUAAGGACCAAACAAUGUAAAUCACACGCUGGAUCAAGUCCCAAUUCCCCCCUACCAGUUUCCACCCCAACUCCAACACCGCCCCCUGAUCCAAUGGAAAGCGUUGCUUUUUCUUCGAUAAUCGCAUGUACCGAUAAUACAUCUUCAGUCGACCCUUUCGAUCUAUCAAGGUCCCCCUCUCCACUUUCGUCACUCAGCUCUGUCUCUACCGACAUCAGCAUGUUCGAAGAACCAGCUGAAAUAGAGAGUACGAUGGCCCCCAAGGAAUUUCUCAUGAAUCUCUGUACCAUCAGAUUCAGCAAGACAUAUUAUCUAGACUUCCAAAUACCCUGGACGCAUCGCGACCCAUACUUCGAUCUUUCCCAGGAUCCAACUUUUUGGCCCGAGUUUUUCUACUACAAUUCGAACUAUAAUCACGCAAAUACCUUUGUUCCCUACAUUCGAUGCUGUCUCCACAUGAUGCGCGAGAAGACUGGAGAUGUGAGCAAUUUGCUUGCUGCUCUCGUAUUUGCUUGGACAUACAAUGAUGAUUCAGGAACCGCCGGCUUUUGGGCAACUCUCUACGAACAGAUUAUGGCAAUGUUGCCUUUCAAGAAUGCAGUCGGUCAAGACAUUGUUUACCUAGGAAGAUUCGAGAUGCCGGGCGGUGUAAGCAUAGCCUGCUGGAACAAAGCGAUGCAGGAAUUCUUCGAAGAAAACGGCCAUCUAGGCGAGUUUGUGUAUUUUGGAGUCAGUGUUAACCAUGGGUUUGAAUGGGUUCAAAGAGAGCAGGUAGAGGGAGUUUUAAAAGGGGAGCAGAUGGAGAAUGAAUGGGUAGUCGAGUUACCAAGAAACGAAUACUAUUGUUGA